AUGUCCCGAUCCGACCGUGACCGAGAAGGGUUGAGCCCUUCGCCCGCCAAUAUCCUUGACUAUCUCGGAGCAGAUGAUGACGAUGACGAUCUAUACGAGCCCGCUACCGAGCAGAGCGAUAUGACCGCUUCGGCGGCGGAUGAAGACGAGGAGAUAGAAUUUUCAGAUGCACAGGAACAGCUUGGAGAUAUUCAAUUCGUUCUGGAAAGCGCCGAAACCGGUGAGGAUGAGGAAGAUGAUGGUGAUGAUACAGAAACAGAGGACAAUACCGCCGCUCGUCCUCAAGUACAAACAGUGACAAUAGAGCAUCUAAGCCGGUUAUUAGGCGGAGGUCCGUUGCGUAGACUCCUCCUUCAGCACUACCCCAACGCCGCUGGCGGCCGCUUGAUCAUCGGUGAUGAUGACGACGACGAUGAUGAGGACGAGAACUACCUAUAUCGUCGCCCUCGUCGGCGCCGUCGCCCAAAGCCAUCCGGUGACCGUUUCCCCAAGGUUCCUUCGGAUGCUGGCCGGGAGCUGAUGGCAUCCGGGAUCUAUGGGUCGCGGGACACACACGUCGAUACUCGGCGGCGACGAAGACGGAACAUGUCCGAGCGCUUGAUGUGGCGACGCCUUGGCCUCGAGCCUCGACCCAGCAUGCGACGCCAGAACGCCCUCAUUGCUCAAGAACUCAUUCCCUCUACCUCGACCGCCGACAAGAUCAUACACUACGAUAGUCGUGCCUACUCUGGACAGUUCUCAGACGAUGGCAACUUCUUCUUCAGCUGUACGCAAAAUUUCAAAGUCCGAAUGUACGAUACUUCGAAUCCGUACGAAUGGAAAUACUAUAAGACUGUCGACUUUCCCUUCGGUCAAUGGACCAUCACCGACGCCACCCUCUCGCCCGACAACCGCUGGCUUGCUUACUCAUCCAUACGGCACACAGUCUGUUUGGCCAGCACUGAUCCCCUCGACACAUCCGACUACACUCUGCUUGACUUCACCAACUUCGCACCGGGCGUCAACGUCAACUCCGGCCGCGGGCAUCACGGCUAUCGUGCUCAUAGUUCUUUUGGCGUAUGGUCGCUCCGCUUCUCCGGCGAUGGCCGUGAGAUUGUCGCCGGAACUUCCGAUCAUUCCGUUGUUGUGUACGACCUGGAGACCCGACAAAGUACCGUGCGCCUCUCGAACCAUGACGACGACGUCAAUGCCGUGUGCUUCGGCGACAAGUCCUCCCCUCACAUUCUAUACUCCGGCUCAGACGACCAGACUCUCCGCGUCUGGGAUCGGCGGUCCAUGGCGGAUGGCCGCGAGGCCGGUGUCUUCGUAGGGCACACUGAGGGCCUCACCUACGUGGAUAGCAAGGGCGACGGCCGCUAUGUCCUUUCCAAUGGGAAAGACCAGAUGAUGAAGCUCUGGGAUCUCCGCAAGAUGAUGUCUCCCAACGACUUCAGCAACGUCAAUCUCAACGAAUACACCAACAACUUCGACUACCGGUUUUCCCCCUAUGAUGAGGACGAGUACAGACCCAACCCUCACGACUGCAGCGUGGUCACUUUCCGGGGCCACUCGGUGCUCAAGACGCUGAUUCGCUGCCACUUCAGCCCUCCCACCAGCAGUAACUCACGGUAUGUGUACUCAGGCAGUGAGGAUGGAAAGGUCUACAUCUGGAACCUGGACGGCACGAGGAAAUCAACAGUCGAUGUGCUGGAAGCCACCAAGGGGACUCGCCCCCGUCACAGUGCGCGCGAGGAGAUGUUCAUGUACGAGAUGCACGGUGGCCGCGGUGCCGAGACGUGGAAGACGUGCGUACGAGACGCAAGCUGGUGUCCCACCGCGCCGGUCCUGGCUGCGACGUCAUGGAAUGGCUACGGCAUGUCAACCGGCACGGUCACGCUGCACAGCUGGUCGGACGGGGCCGAGGAGGACGACGCCGACCCGCCCAUGGGCAGCAACUACAACGCCCGGCUGGACCGGCGCGAGGAUUUCGAUCGCGUCAGGAGGGACGACCGUCCCGGAGGAGCCGACGGGGCCGCGAGACGCGCGGGCUUGCGAAGUCAUGUGGUUGGGGAGCGGAGGAGAGGAUGGGUUCGCGGCGGUGAUGAGGAUGAGGAUGGGGCGUGGUGA